AUGAAUUUGAAUGACAUCGCUCGUUUAAAGGGAUGCGUUCUGAAAGGACGCAGCUUGGAGACGUCAUGUGGCUGCUCGGCCGUGGAUUCCCUUCUCGGUGGCGCUCUACCGAUUUCGACGUUCUUUUGUGUGGACGAAUUGAACUCUCGAGGAUACGCAGAAAGCCUUGCGAAGUAUUUCAUCGCUGAAGGGCUUUAUUCCGGGCAUGAUGUGCUUGUUGUGGAUCCUUUAGACGGAGAUAAACUCUGGAAAGGAAUUCCCACAAGGAUUGAAGCUCAGCCUGCAUCGACCUCCACGUCUCCUCUGCUGAGGCAGCCAGACAGUCCGGAAGAUCUACGGAUAGCUUUCCGUUACGCCGCCAAGCCUCAGGUGAACUCGUCCAUUGGUGAGAAGAAUCGCUAUGACCUCGGAAAACCGCUCGACACUGACGCGUUUGUCUCUCAAAUUCUUGGUUACGAUGGGCCGACGUCUUACGAUGCUCUUUAUGAACACCUAGUGGAUUUGUGUCGAAGCGAAACCUACAGUACUACUCGAGGUCCCAAGAAGAAUCUAUUAAGGAUUGUCAUUAAUCACCUUGGAUCUCCUGCCUGGAACGAUCCUUCGAACUUCUCAGCGUUCCUCGUCCGUAUACGUCCCCUUCUACGAAAGUCUUAUGUGGUGCUGUUUGCCACAAUUGAAAGUGAAACGAUGUUCAAGAAACAUUCUGAAGAGCUGUUCGUUACAGCAGACGUCUACAUCCAGUUGGUUGCGAUUUCUGAAGAAGAACAGAAGAAAUUGAGCAGUUUGGACAAGUAUCAUGGCUAUUUGAGAAUUUUACGAUUGCCCAGGAUCACAUCAGUUGGCACUCACAAUCCGCCUGUUGAUUUAGUUUUCACUCAGAAAAGAAAUACAUUCGAUGUCUCUAUCCUACAUUUGCCUCCUGCUGUUGCUGAUGGCGAUCACAGCUCCAAAGCUCCCUGCAACAUUGAUUUUUAA